AUGAACAAAGUGUUGGGUAAAUGGAUUGGCGCUUAUGAUGGCGCUAAGCGUAUGCAAGGAAGUGGUUGGUCGGAGAAUGAUGUUUUGGCAAAAGCGCAGGAAUUAUAUGCAUAUGGGAAGAAUGUUAGAUUCACUUUAAUGGAAGAAUGGCACGCUCUCCGUGAUCAACCACGUUAUGGUAGUCAAGAAGGGAGGCAGCUAAAAAAAAAGGGUAAAAAGAAAAGCAAGGAAUAUGCCUCGGAGGUGGUGGACAAAGAAUGGGCUGAAUACAAAGAAUUCAAGACGAAAGAGCUUGAACGAUUGGACAACAUAGCCUUGAUGCAACAGCAGGCUAACAAUAUAGCCUUGGAGAAGACUAAAACCAAGAAAAUGAAGAUGUAUCUAAAGCUAACUUCCGAAGAGCAUCUAGAUGACCGGAAGAACCAGCUGUUGAAAAAGUUAGAGGCAGAACUGUUUGAUAAUUAA